UCUAAUUUGAUUUCUUCAAUUACUUAAACCAGGGUUUUCUUCUUCCAUCAUUUUACGCGCCGCGAACAAUUUCAUGUACCUCUAAAUUUUGGACAUACACGAGAAUGAACCCCAAAUGUUUUCUCAAAUAACUUCAAUCUACUCACCCUGAAUCUCUUUUCCAUCCAUUAUUCCCUUUCCCUGAGCAAGAAAUUCUGUGGGUCAGAUUCUCCCAUGGCGGUUUCCGCUCAACCGCCCGGUCAACUGCAGGGGAUCGCUGGUGUUUGGGACACUGUGUUGGAGCUUACCAAGUCGGCGCAGGAGAAGAACAGCGAUCCACUGCUUUGGGCGGUUCAGCUCAGCUCCAGCCUCAAUUCGGCUAGUGUUUCCUUGCCGUCUGUCGAGCUCGCCCACCUCUUGGUCUCUCAUAUUUGUUGGGACAAUCACGUUCCGAUCAUGUGGAAAUUCCUUGAGAAGGCAAUGACCGCCAGAAUCGUUCCUCCCCUGCUGGUUAUUGCUCUUCUUUCUACCAGGGCAAUUCCAUACAGAAAGCUUCGACCUGCAGCAUACAGGCUUUACCUGGAACUUCUAAGCAGACACGUCUUUUCAUCAACAUUGGAAGUCAAUGGACCCAAUUACCCAAGGAUCAUGCAAACCAUCGAUGACGUCCUUCAUCUGUCCCAGAUAUUUGGUCUCCAGACAUGUGAACCUGGGCUACUUAUGGUUGAAUUAUUCUUUUCAAUUGUAUGGCAUUUGCUUGAUGCAUCAUUGGAUGAUGAAGGAUUGCUGGAACUUCCUGCAGAAGAAAGAUCAGUGUGGCUAAUCAGGCCACAACCACAUGAUAUGGAACUAGAUGUUCAUGAUUCUUUUGGUGAGAAGAAAACUGAGAACAGUGAAAAUCUGCUUAAAGUGAACACUGCAAAAGCUAUUGAGAUUAUUGGGCAGUUCCUGCAAAAUAAGAAAACUGCAAGGAUUUUGUGCUUGGCCCAUCAAAAUAUGCCAUUGCACUGGGCAGGUUUUGCCCAGCGGUUACAACUACUUGCAGCAAACUCAGUAGUUUUGAGGAACACAAAACUAAUAACUCCAGAGGUCCUUCUGCACUGGACAUCCGAUAAACAUAGGUUUUUAUCACAAGAAGGAAAAACAACAUCUCAGUUAGAGUUCCAUGAUGUAAUGGCUUCUGGAUCGCUCUUUUCUUCCGCUGGUCAAUCUCAUGGCGUUAAUUGGUCUGCAUUGUGGCUUCCCAUUGAUUUGUUCCUGGAGGAUGCCAUGGAUGGAUCACAAGUUCUGGCAACUAGUGCUGUUGAGCGUCUGAUUUGCUUGAUAAAAUCUUUGCGGGCAGUUAAUGAUGCCUCCUGGCACAAUACAUUUUUGGGUUUGUGGAUUGCAGCGUUGCGACUUAUUCAAAGGGAAAGGGAUCCAAGUGAGGGUCCUGUGCCUCGUUUGGAUACAUGCUUGUGCAUGUUAUUGUCAAUUACAACCCUUGCAGUCACCAUUAUUAUUGAAGAAGAGGAAGGUGAACUAAAGGAGGAGGAUGAAUGCAGCCCAAGUAAAAGUAGAGAUGAGAAGCAGUCUUCAGGAAAGCGCCGACAAGGUUUGAUUACGAGCUUGCAGAUGUUGGGUGAAUAUGAGAGCUUGCUGACUCCUCCUCAAUCCGUUAUUGUAGUAGCCAAUCAGGCUGCCGCAAAAGCAGUAAUGUUCAUAUCAGGAGUUGCAGUUGGUAAUGAGUACUAUGACUGUGUUAGUAUGAAUGACACACCUAUUAAUUGUUCUGGAAAUAUGCGGCAUCUGAUUGUUGAGGCUUGUAUUUCUAGGAAUCUUCUAGAUACAUCGGCAUAUUUUUGGCCAGGCUAUGUAAAUACACGCAGCAGUCAAGUGCCUCGUAGUGCAUCUAGUCAGGUGGUUGGUUGGUCAUCAUUCAUGAAAGGGUCGUCCCUAACUCCGUCAAUGGUGAAUGCUUUAGAGGCAACUCCAGCUUCUAGCUUAGCGGAGAUUGAGAAGAUCUAUGAGAUUGCCAUAAAUGGUUCAGGUGACGAGAAGAUAUCUGCAGCUUCCAUUUUGUGUGGGGCAUCACUUGUUCGAGGCUGGAAUCUACAGGAACACACUGUUCUAUUUAUAUCCAGAUUAUUGUCGCCACCAAUUCCUGCAGAUUACCCUGGAAGUGAUAGCUAUUUGAUCGACUAUGCCCCAUUUCUGAAUGUUCUACUGGUUGGAAUAUCAUCAGUUGAUUGCGUGCAGAUUUUUUCCUUGCAUGGCAUGGUUCCUCUACUUGCAGGUCAAUUAAUGCCAAUCUGCGAAGCUUUUGGAUCAAGUACCCCCAAGUCAUGGAUCCUUACAUCUGGGGAAGAACUUACUUGUCAUGCAGUGUUCUCCUUGGCUUUUACACUUCUAUUGAGGUUGUGGCGGUUUCAUCACCCACCUAUUGAAAAUGUGAAGGGAGAUGCACGGCCUGUGGGAUCUCAGCUAACUCCUGAAUAUCUGCUAUUGGUUCGAAAUUCUCAGUUAGCAUCUUUUGGAAAGUCACCCAAGGAUCGACUUAAAGUCAGACGGCUGUCAAAAUUGUUGAAAUUUUCUUUAGAACCUACAUUCAUGGAUUCCUUUCCAAAAUUGAAAGGGUGGUACCGGCAACAUCAAGAAUGCAUUGCUUCCAUUCCCCCUGGUCUUGUACCUGGGGCCCCUGUUCAUCAAACUGUUGAUGCUCUCUUGACCAUGAUGUUCAAGAAGAUAAAUCGUGGUGGUCAGUCUUUGACUUCAACUACUUCAGCAAGCAGCAACUCAUCUGGAUCUGCAAAUGAAGAGGCCUCCAUUAAGCUUAAAGUGCCUGCAUGGGACAUCCUUGAAGCAACUCCCUUCGUUCUCGAUGCUGCUCUUACUGCCUGUGCUCAUGGACGAUUGUCUCCCCGUGAUUUGGCUACAGGACUCAAAGACCUUGCUGAUUUUCUACCGGCAUCCUUUGCUACUAUUGUGUGCUACUUUUCAGCUGAAGUUACACGUGGUAUAUGGAAGCCAGCAUUCAUGAACGGAACUGAUUGGCCUAGUCCUGCUGCAACUUUGUCCGUUGUUGAGCAACAGAUUAAAAAGAUUCUUGCUGCAACUGGUGUUGAUGUCCCUAGUCUUGCUCUAGGAGGAAGUUUUCCAGCUAUGCUUCCUUUACCCUUGGCUGCCCUAAUAAGCCUCACAAUAACCUAUAAACUGGAUAAAGCCUCUGAACGCCUUCUUGCCCUCGUUGGCCCCGCGCUAAAUUCGCUCGUUGCUGGUUGUUCGUGGCCUUGCACACCUAUUAUAGCCUCAUUGUGGGCUCAGAAAGUGAAGCGAUGGAAUGACUUCCUUGUGUUCUCUGCUUCUCGCACUGUUUUUCACCAUAAUAGUGAUGCUGUUGUCCAGCUGCUUAAGAGUUGUUUCACUUCGACUCUGGGUUUAGGCAACUCCAACGUAAACAGCGGUGGAGGUGUAGGCGCACUCCUCGGUCACGGUUUCGGUUCUCACGUUUUAGGAGGGAUGUCUCCAGUGGCUCCUGGGAUUCUCUAUCUCCGUGUGCAUCGAUGUGUUAGAGAUGCUUUGUUCUUGGUGGAGGAGAUUGUCUCUCUUUUAAUGCUCUCUGUCAAAGACAUUGCAGUUACUGGGCUACCAAAGGAGAAGGCUGAAAAACUAAAGAAGUCCAAGCAUGGAAUGAGAUGUGAACAGGUUUCUUUUGCUUCUGCAAUGGCACGCGUUAAACUUGCAGCUUCUCUUGGAGCUUCAUUAGUUUGGAUAUCCGGUGGAUCAGGCUUGGUCCAAUCUUUGUAUAAAGAAACCUUGCCGUCUUGGUUUUUAUCAGUCCAUUCAGUAGACCGUGAAGGUGUAGAAUAUGGAGGUAUGGUUCCUGUGCUUAGGGGCUAUGCACUUGCAUUCUUUUCAGUACUUUGUGGGACGUUCUCCUGGGGCAUAGACUCGAUAUCAUCAGCGUCGAAGAGGCGUGCAAAGCUUCUCGACGCCCACCUCGAAUUUCUUGCGAGCGCAUUGGAUGGAAAAUUCUCCAUUGGGUGUGAUUGGGCUACAUGGCGGGCUUAUGUUUCUGGGUUCGUGAGCUUGCUGGUGCGUUGUGCACCGAAGUGGUUGCUCGAGGUGGAUUUGAAGGUGUUGGAGAGGUUGGGCAAAGGAUUAAGGCAGUUGAACGAGGAGGAAUUGGCUCUUGCAUUGCUGGAAAGUGGUGGGUUGACUGCAAUGGGUGCAGCAGCGGAACUUAUUAUUGAAGGAGGAUUUUAAAUGUUACAGACUUAACAUGAAAAGUGAACCAUUUUUGUUUAGAAAAACUGGAACCAUCAACUGACGUAGGUUUCCCUUAGCAUCAUAUCCCCAGUAAUGCAACGUUCAUGUACACAAAUGGUUCUUACCGCUGCUCUGCAUAGGCAUAUUAGCCGCCGUUUUUUUUUUGGCUAAAAAUCUGAAGUAAUGAUAUUCAAAAUUUUAGCAUGUAA